AACGCCUUUUCAACAUCUGAGAAAGUGAAAUGAAAGGCUGAGAAACGGGCUGUGUAGGUAAAUUUGGGAGAACAAGAAAACUUACUCCACUUGUAUUUCUCAAAUUCUUACACUAGAGAGAGAGAGAGAGAGAGAGAGAGAGAGAGAGAGAGAGUAUGGCACUAGAAGCAGUGAUAUUCCAGCAAGAUUUGUUUGGGCAAAGUAGCAAAGAUCUGUACAGCUUAUACAAUUUAGUAGAAGGGAAAUGGGAUUUUGAGCCUGAUCCAAUUCAAAUAGCAGAAGAAACCUCUUUUGUAAGUGUUGAGAACAAUCUGAAUUAUGUACUUCCUCAUCAUCAAGUGAUGCAGCAAGAUGCAAAGGAAGAAUUUGCCAACACCGUAUCUGUCAGAGGAAAACGACGUCGUUCGAGGAUAAAAAAGAACGUUGAAGAGAUUGAAACUCAGAGAAUGACUCACAUAGCAACUGAGCGGAAUCGCCGGAAACAGAUGAACGAUUACCUUUCUGUCUUGCGUGCUCUAAUGCCAGAUUCUUAUGUUCAAAAGGGUGAUCAAGCUUCAAUAGUUGGUGGUGCCAUUAAUUAUGUUAAAGAGCUGGAGCAGCAGUUACAGCUCAUGGGUGGGCUGAAGAAGUAUUCGAAAGAAAAUCUUGAAACUGAAACAUCAUCAUCGUCAUCGUCAUCACCAUCACAUCCGUUUGGCGAAUUCUUCACCUGCCCACAGUAUUCUACGACUGCGAUGGCUAUGGCUAUGGCAGAUGGGAUGGAAAUAGCCAAGGCCGACAUUGAAGUAACGAUGGUAGAGAGCCAUGCUAAUGUCAAAAUUAGAUCGAAGAAGCACCCGAAAAGAUUACUGAAAAUAGUUUCAGGGCUUCAAAAUCUGAGACUUACCAUUCUCCAUCUAAACGUUACAACAGUUAAUCAAGUAGUGCUCUACUCUCUAAGUGUCAAGGUAGAAGAUGGCUGCAACCUGACUUCCGUAGAUGAAAUAGCAGCUGCUGUGAAUCAAUUAUUGAGCUAGAAUGAACGGGAACAGUCAGAUUGAACAAAAUAUCUCGAUUCCAAGAAUGAAGUGGCGAAAUUUCAUGAACAAUCUGUUCUCUCUUAUUUAUUCACAUUAGAAAGAAAAUAAAAACACUAAUAUAAUGCAAUAAAAGAGAGAGAGACAAUCGUGGUAUUUGAUUUCUUUUCUCUUUAUUUAUGUGAAUUUUCUGUAUUUUAUCCUAUAUAAGAAAGUGUCCAGCAUCUUGUUUUUGGGAGAGGAUUCAUUUCCACUUUGCAAAUGUCAUUAAGUUCCAAAGUUAGCAUAUUCAGUACGUAGAGUAGAUUUAAUGUUAUUGGGCUGUAUUAAGAAUGAAAAAGAAAUUAAAAUCUUGUGUUAUUUCAAUGUCUA